AUGCCGCGUCCAGGAUUUGGCGUUGAAAGUUGGAUGGGCAUCGGGGGUGGAAUUAUAUCCCCCGAAUCGGAAGCCAAUUAUAAACGCGGGGAGGAACUACUGAAAAGAAAGAAACAUGCUGAGGCGAUCCCAUUCUUUCUCAAAGCAAUGGAAGACGUUAACAAUCUUGACGCGUGUGUCGCCGCCGCGCUUUCAAUGCCCACUGAUGAAGGCAUCCGGUUCCUGCAAAGUGCCGAAGUCAAAGGCCGUCAAAGCCUUCAACGUAUUCUAAGUCCAGACUGUUUUGAGACUGGCUGUGAGUACGGAGCAGGGAAGUUCUGGGGAAUAGUCCAAACUCGACCCUACAUGCGGCUUCUAGGAACUCUAGUAAGAACAUACGUCCAUGCCGCCCGUUGGGAUGACGCUGUGUACUACUGUCUUUCCAUUUUGCCGUCUGAUCUAACCAUGGAUAGCAAGACAAACGUAGAAAUACUACGACUUUGCUUCUCCGAUAAUCUGGGUCAACGACAAUGGAUGGGUGCACUUCUCCUGCACGCAAACCGUCUAGAAGAUGCGCUUUACUUCACUCAGAGGUGGAUUCUUGCCGAUGAGACGCCACCCGGUAGUGGUAUCGACUUUCGUGCCCCGCAGCGGACUCCGAUGACGGCGACGCAACUGGAGCAAGCAAAAAAGUGGCCUGACCUACAAAUGGUUCAUUCUGCGGCUCUGGCUACGUUUAUGCUCGAUGGAGACUCGGAGCUCGCUCGGCAGUACCUGCACAUUGCGGUCAAAUAUCCGGAAGUUAUGAUCAAGGUUCUUGGACGGCACAAGGAGCGCCAUGACGUUGAUACUCAUGCAUUCCGCUCUUCCAACGGGCGUGAAGAUGCUCGGGACCACCUCUGGCUUGCUCAGGAGUUUUGGAUGAGAGACGACGUAUGGGCAUGGGUCAACAGUGACCCUGUUGACGCGUCUACUGCCGUCUCUGGUACCGGUCAGCUAGCUGGAAGACGGGGAAGUAUAAAAGACGACUCACCAAUUCCAAUGUUACUUAGCAAACACCCCCAACUUGAGAUGUCUUCUCCUCAAAGCACACGCCAGUCUCGCGUUCCCUAUGUUCGUCUCGGCAGCUCCGGUCUAAAGGUUUCUAAAAUAAUCCUCGGAUGCAUGUCGUAUGGCUCAUCUGAAUGGCGUGACUGGACUUUGAACGAAGAGGAAAGCAUCAAGCACAUCAAAUACGCAUUCGAUGCGGGAAUCAACACCUUCGACACAGCCGAUAUAUACUCUAAUGGGAUGAGUGAAGUUGUGCUCGGGAAAGCAGUGAAGCAGCAUCAAAUUCCGCGUGAGGAAGUUGUUAUUAUGACCAAGCUCCGUCAUCCAGUCGGGAAAUCCAUUUCUGUCCAGCCCACGGACCUCUUUGUUGCUGGCGAAGCGAAGCUCGACUCGAUGGGAUAUCUCAACCAGUAUGGCCUUUCCCGCAAGCAUAUAUUUGCUUCAGUCAAGGGGAGCCUCGAGAGACUGGGAAUGGAUUAUAUUGAUGUGCUACAAGUGCAUCGCUUUGACUACGGCACACCAAUUGAAGAGACUAUGCGCGCUUUGCACGAUGUUGUUCAAGCUGGUUGGGUUCGCUACCUCGGAAUGAGCUCAUGCUAUGCAUAUCAGUGCAAGUUCUGUCUCUCCCUUCUUUAUAACCUACUCAAUCAUCUCCAGUCCAUAUCAUGCAAAGUGCGGUUUUGUCCUUGGCACUUCCUGUUUAAUUUUUCUUAUCUGAUAGACUACGCGUUGGCGCACAACCUCACGCCAUUUAUUGCGAUGCAAAACCACUAUAAUCUACUCUAUCGUGAAGAGGAGCGGGAAAUGAUGCCAACCCUCAAGCAUUUUGGUGUUGGGUCUAUUCCAUGGUCUCCUCUUGCUCGUGGUGCUCUUGCUCGGUCUGCACCGACCCCGGAGGCAUGUCUUGCCGUAGCCAAAAGACUCACUUGGCUUCAACCCGGGGGCGGAAAUCAAGCUCCGGCUGCGGUCAGCGCCGGCGAGUCCUCCCAGGACAGCGCACAAACUACUCGUCAGGCCUCCGAUGAGCUGCCGGCCGAGGUGUAUUUCCUCUUCGGGACAACAGGCAGCCGCGAAAUCGUUAAACGCGUCGGCGAAAUCGCCGAGAAGAUCGGGAAAGAGACAAGCAUGGCACAGGUUGCAUUAGCAUGGCUCAUGGCCAAAGAUGGCGUUACCGCACCGAUUGUUGGUACAACGUCCCUGGAGAAACUCGAUGAUCUUCUGCGUGCAUGCAAUUUGGAGCUUACCAAGGAGGACAUGAAGUAUCUGGAAGAGUGUUAUAAGCCAACAGCUAUAUUCAUGCACAAUUGA